UAAAUAAAUCGGUUAAUUCUUAAACUUUUGGCAACACUGUUAAUUGUUAUUUGCGAAUUUGCCAUUUCUAACUGAGCUUUUAAUUUUUUCAAUAAAAUUAUUAUUAUUUUAAAAUAUAUCUUUGUUUUAUGCAAAUUUUAAGUAAAAGUUAAGCAUAUGUUGUAGUAACUAUUUGUGCUUUGACUUGGAAGUUCUGUUGCAACUUUUUCAUUGAAAAAGAUAGACCAGCCUCGAAGUGCCGGAUAUCUGAUUGGCCACCACUAAGUUCAAUUAAUUAAACCAUAAUGGCUGCCUCAGUGCUCUUCGCUUGCGGCUUGAACGAGCAAAAACUGCCAAAAUUCGUUCACAUCAGCGAGGAGUCGAAUUGCGACGGCAGCUUCCUGCUGAGUUGCAUACUCGGCCAGCGGCUGCGUAUCUCCAACGCAGGCACGGUGCUCGUAUGCCUGCAGCACAACUAUCAGCACUACUUCCAUGCCGGCAUGCGGCUCGGUUACAAUGUGAACAUUUUCCUGGAUAAAACCCUAAACGUUGUGGAUCCGCUGACGGAUAUGGCCAUCAAAGGCAUGACCAGCAAGUGGCUGCAGGAUGAGCGUCAGGUCACAACACUCCUACUCGACGCCAUACGCGACUACAUCAGCGCAAGCGCGGCGCAACGCGUCAGCACAACGAUUUUGAUCGACAAUUUGGCGAUCCUGUUGAAUUUGGGCGCCACUAAGGAGGAGAUCAUACAGCUGUGCCAUGAGUUGGCGGAAUUGCCGAAACAAUAUAAGAAUUUGGCGGUGAUCACGAAGUUGAGCAAUUGCGAUUUAUAUGAGCCGAUCGACAACAACGUGGCGAAGUUGGGUACUCUGCGUAUACGCGCGACGCAACUGAAGAGCGGCGCAUCGCGUGAUGUGGACGGUAAACUGCUGAUCGAGCGUGAGUUGGCUGCCAAUGGCGUGAAGGAGGAGGGCGAAGAGGAGCAAGUGCAGCAAAAUGGCGGCUAUGAACUCGAGCAAAUGCGCAAAGAAGUACUGUACAAAGUCAAUGACAGAAAUAUAAAGAUCAUUAAUCCCGGUGAAUUGGGUAUGAAAGUUUGAGAGCGAUACUUGAGAGCUCGGUAAUAAAUUUAGUUUGUUUAAAAUAUUGAAUUUUUAAUUAAAUAUAUAUUUUUGAAUACACAAUUUA